AGCCUUGCACCAUUAACCGUUACCGCGGGAGAGGGAGAGAGAGUGAGAUGAAGAUUUAACAGACUGACACCAUAAGAAACCCUAAUAUACGUAGAGGUGAAGAAAGAGAAUCAGAGCAGAAAUGGACGAGGAAAAGCCCGUAUUCUCAGCAUUCCCAUACAAACCCUACCCCAUUCAGCUCGAUUUCAUGAACGCCCUCUAUCGAUCUCUUGAAAAUGGCGGUAUCGCAAUGCUCGAGAGCCCUACUGGAACUGGGAAAACGUUAAGUAUAAUAUGCAGUGCUCUGCAGUGGCUUGUUGAUAGAAAGCAACUACAGAAGGAUAAACCCGAAAACCAAUCAGGGCCAGAUGAUGAGCCCGAUUGGAUGCGGAAUUUUGUGCUUAAUACUGAAACCAAAGCAUCUGAAAAGAAGGAGAAAAGGACAUCUUUUAGGAAAAAUAACUUUAAUAGGAAAGAAAAACAGGAAGCAUUUCGAGAUAUUGAGACCAAGGAGACUAAAGUUUUGAAGAGUAAUAAUGGGUUUGAAGGCAUGGAUGAUGAAGAGUUUUUGAUGGAAGAGUACGAUAGUGAAGGCGAAAAUGGUGGGAAAUUGAAAAGAAAGAGCGGUGAGGAUUCUGCGAGUUCCUCGAGUGAGGAUGAUGAUGAUGACAAGGAAGAGCAAAGAUUGAAAGUUUAUUUUUGCAGUAGAACCCAUUCACAACUUUCACAGUUUAUAAAGGAGUUGAGGAAGACUAAAUUUGCCAGUGAAUUGACAUCUGUGUGCUUGGGGUCUAGGAAAAAUUUCUGCAUCAAUGAAGAUGUAUUGAAGCUGGGGACCUCCACACGAAUAAAUGAGAGAUGCUUAGAGCUUCAAAAGAGUAGGAAGAAAGAAUGUUGUAAAGUUACCAAAACAAAGAACUUGGGUCUGAAGGGGAGAGUACGGCGGACAAAAGCUUCAUCUGGAUGUCCAAUGCUUAGAAGCCGUAAAGUAGAAAAAGAAUUUAGGAGUGAGAUUUCUCAACAAGGGCCUUUGGAUAUUGAGGAUCUUGUUCACAUUGGUCGUGAGUUGGGAACUUGCCCAUAUUAUGGUUCGAGAAACAUAGUGCCUAAAGCAGACCUUAUUGUUCUUCCUUACCAAUCUCUUCUUUCAAAGUCAUCACGUGAAUCUCUUGGUUUGAGUUUAAAAGAUAAUGUUGUUAUUAUUGAUGAGGCACACAAUCUAGCUGAUUCUCUUAUCAGCAUGUAUGAUGCAAAAGUUACUUUGUCUCAGUUGGACUGUCUGCAUUCUCACUUGGAAAGUUACCUCAAGCGAUUUCAGAAUCUGUUAGGACCAGGAAAUAGAAGAUAUAUCCAGACAUUGAUGGUACUCACCCGGGCUUUUCUACAAAUUUUAUGCCAUGGGAAGAAUGCUAGCAAUGCUGAACCCUUUUACCCUGCACAGGGAACUGAAAGCAGUUUUGAGUUUUCGAUGGCAAUUAAUGAAUUCUUGUUUUCUCUCAACAUUGACAACAUAAACCUUGUCAAACUGGUCUACUAUAUACAGGAAAGCAAUAUAAUUCACAAGGUCUGUGGAUAUGGAGAUAAACUAGCUGCAGAAAAAGUUUCAGCCUCAAAAGAUAGUGACAAAAGCAGUGAUGGAAGCUCGCUAUCUGGUUUCCAAUCACUACUUGAUAUGUUGCUGUCUUUAACGAAUAAAGAUUCUGAUGGGAGGGUAAUAGUAUCAAGGACAAGGCCAAGUUCUGAAGGACAAAAAGGAGGAUAUCUGAAAUAUGUCAUGCUUAGUGGGGAAAAGAUAUUUUCUGAGGUUCUGGAUCAGGCUCGUGCUGUUAUAUUAGCUGGGGGAACUCUACAACCUAUUGAAGAAACAAAGGAACGGCUCUUCCCAUCUUUACAGCCUGAUAAGUUGCAUUUCUUUUCCUGUGGUCAUAUCAUACCAUCUGAAAAUAUUUUACCCAUUGCUGUUUCCCAUGGGCCAUCUGGGCAUCCCUUUGAUUUUAGUUACAAUACCCGAACCUCCUCAAUCAUGAUUGAAGAGUUAGGGCUGCUGCUUUGCAAUUUAGUGACAUUGAUUCCUGAAGGAAUAGUUGUGUUCUUCUCAUCAUUUGACUAUGAGGCACUGGUGUACAAUUCAUGGAAGGAAUUGGGCAUACUUGCGAGAAUUAUGAAGAAGAAACGUAUAUAUAGAGAGCCUAGAAAAAGUACAGAGGUGAAACUUGUCCUUAGGGAAUAUAAUGAUACAAUUGAAGAAUUGUCCCAUAGUGAUCCCAAAUCUCACAAUGGUGCAAUUCUCCUAGCAAUUGUGGGUGGAAAAAUAUCAGAAGGUAUCAAUUUCAGUGAUGGAAUGGGUAGAUGCAUAAUUAUGGUUGGACUUCCUUAUCCAAGUCCAUCUGACAUUGAAUUGAUUGAGAGGGUGAAGCACAUUGAAAGCAUUGGGUGUGCAUCUAUCAGUAAAACACCCAAACUUUCAGCCCCAACUCAAUGCUUUAAUGGAGAUGCCCAAGCUGGGUUGAGCAUCCUAAGAAGCUGCAAGCACAGAGGGAAACAAUAUUAUGAGAAUCUUUGCAUCAAAGCUCUAAAUCAAUCUAUUGGUAGAGCAAUCAGGCAUAUAAAUGAUUAUGCUGCAAUCUUGUUGGUUGAUGGACGGUUUUCAUCUAAUCCAACAGAAAGAAGAUCUUCCCAUUUAACAAGCAAGCUUCCACAGUGGAUUAAUGCCCGCCUAGUUUCCUCAACUAAGAAUUAUGGAGAGGUCCACAGACUACUGCAUCAGUUCUUCAAGUUCCAUAAAGAUAAAGUGAAGUGAAGUGAACAAUCAGUAGGGAAGACUCAAAAUAGUAGCUUCUGCUCUUUAAGCACUGAUAUUCCUUUGACUGUAUAGUAAAGGUGUAUAAACUGAAACUAUAUAUAGAUGAUUGAUUUCUUAAAUGAAUUAUGCCGAAGGGUAAACUUGUUACAGCCA